AUGUCGCCUCACAAUCUAGAUAGCCCAAGCAUCAAAAUCGCCAUCGAUCGUGGUGGUACAUUCACUGAUUGUCUUGGCAUUAUUGAUGGUCGUGAUGAGGAAAUUGUUGUCAAAUUGCUGUCGCAGGACCCAGCCAACUAUGCCGAUGCUCCAAUUGAGGGUAUCCGACGCAUUCUGGAGCAAGCAACUGGCAAGACAUUCCCUCGCGAUCAAAAGCUCACUACUACCGACUUUUCUCAGGUUAGUAUUCGCAUGGGCACAACAGUUGCUACCAAUGCCUUGCUUGAGCGUAAAGGAGAACGCCAUGCGCUCUUGAUCACAAAGGGUUUCAAGGAUGCUUUGCGCAUUGGAACUCAGUCUCGGCCAAAGCUGUUCGCACUAAAUAUUCAACGUCCCGAUGUCUUGUAUGAAGAUGUUGUGGAGGUUGAAGAACGCGUCACAAUUGAAGAUUAUCAACAAAAUCCCACCCCUGAUAAAGAAGCUCUGCAAUCUUCUUUGGAAUCCGAUACUGCUUUGAGAAAGGGUAUAAGUGGGGAAGUGGUGCGCAUUCUCCAACCACUUGACGAAGCAAAUACUCGUCAAAAUCUUGAGCAAUUAUACGGAAAAGGCUAUCGCUCGAUUGCAGUCUGCCUAGUCCACUCAUAUACAUUCCAAGAACAUGAACUUGCGAUUGAAAAGAUUGCAAAGGACAUUGGAUUUACCCAAAUUUCUCUUUCCAGUCAACUGUUGCCUAUGAUCAAAAUGACUUCUCGUGGAGCUUCUGCUACUGCGGAUGCAUACUUGACGCCGGUCAUUCAGCGGUACAUCCAAGGUUUUCGCUCCGGAUUCAAAGAUGGUCUGAGCUCUGCAGAUACACGUUGUGAGUUCAUGCAGAGUGAUGGAGGUCUUGCUAAUUUCGAAAAAUUCACUGGUCUUCGUGCUAUCUUGUCAGGUCCUGCUGGCGGUGUUGUGGGCUAUGCAGGAACCUCUUUUGAUGAGACCGAAAGAACCCCCGUCAUUGGAUUUGACAUGGGCGGAACCAGUACUGAUGUCUCUCGAUAUGACGGUAAAUUGGAACACACUUUCGAGAACACUAUCUCUGGUGUUACAGUAAUGGCACCGCAACUAGACAUCAACACUGUGGCUGCCGGUGGUGGAAGUAUUCUCUUCUGGCGACAUGGGCUGUUUGCCGUCGGCCCCGAGUCCGCAAGUGCCCAUCCGGGACCUGCUUGCUACCGCAAAGGGGGUCCAUUGACGGUGACUGAUGCCAACCUUUUCCUUGGUCGCCUUCUACCGGCAUACUUCCCCAAGAUCUUUGGACCACACGAGAAUGAGGCAUUAGAUGUCGAGGUCACGCGGAGGAAAUUCACGGAGCUCGCAGAUCAAAUCAACACCGAGACUGGUCAGAACAAAUCUGCGGAAGAGAUUGCUUUGGGGUUCAUCCAGGUGGCCAACGAAUCCAUGGCAAAACCUAUUCGGGCCCUCACAGAAGCUCGUGGGUAUGAUACUUCAGCACAUAAUCUAGCCUGCUUUGGUGGUGCUGGAGGACAACAUGCCUGUGCUAUUGCCUCUUCAUUAUCUAUUGGGACCGUCAUUAUUCAUCAUUACUCUUCUAUUUUAUCCGCAUAUGGAAUGGCUCUGGCAGACGUUGUCCAUGAGGCCCAGGAACCCGCAUCGGGCGUACUAGAUCAAAGAGCGAUGAGAAGUGUCUCCGAGCGCAUCGCGGCAUUGAAGUCGAAAGUGGCAACUGCACUGGUCACUGACGGUAUUGACGAGACUCAAAUUCAGCAUGAAGUAUAUCUCAAUCUGCGGUAUCAAGGAACCGACAACUUGUUGAUGGUGCUAGAGCCUGAACACGGAGACUUCAUUGCCGAGUUUGUCAAAGAGCACGAUCGCGAGUUCUCUUUUACCUUCCCUGGUCGCAACAUUCUUAUCGAGGAUAUCCGCGUCCGUGGUGUUGGAAAGGCAACUUCCAUUGCUCCUGAGCCCCCUCAACAAGAGCUCAGAUCAGUGACUACCAAGUCCGUAGUCUCGGAAAAGCAGGAUGAUUCGUCUUCUGUGUACUUUACCGGAACUGGUCAUGUUACUACGCCGGUCUUUUUCUUGGAUAAUUUGCAACCAGGAUACGUUUUGCAGGGACCCGCGAUGAUCAUCGACAAAACCCAAACCAUCGUUGUUGAGCCAAAUGCGACUGCGACAAUCCUGUCGCGACACGUUAUCCUUGAUGUUCAACCCUCCAAGAAGCAGACUGUCGAUGCAACGGUCGUGGAUCCUAUCAAAUUGUCUAUCUUCGGUCAUCGCUUCAUGUCUGUUGCCGAUCAGAUGAGUCGGAUGUUCCAAAAGACUUCUGUGUCCACAAACAUCAAAGAGCGUCUGGACUUUUCUUGUGCGGUAUUUUCUCCUGAUGGAAAGCUUGUUGCAAACGCACCGAACGUGCCAGUGCAUCUAGGAAGCAUGGAGUAUGCCGUCCGAUAUCAGCAUGAGCAACACAGAGGCAAUUUGAAGCCUGGUGAUCACAUUCUCACCAAUCACCCUCUUGCUGGCGGUACACAUCUGCCCGACAUCACCAUUAUCACUCCAGUCUGGGAUCGCGAUGGUCAAAAUAUUGUAUUUUAUGUUGCCUCGCGAGGUCAUCAUGCUGAGAUUGGUGGCAUCGCCCCGGGCUCCAUGCCGUCAGAUAGUAAGAUGCUCUAUGAGGAAGGCGCUAUGACUAUGGGCUUCAAGGUUGUUUCGCAGGGGCGCUUCGAAGAGGAAGUUGUUCGCAAGUUCCUAUACGAUGAACCAGCUUCAUAUCCAGGCUGCAGUGGCACACGCACAUAUAAUGACAACGUCUCGGAUCUGAAGGCCGCGAUAGCGGCAAACCAUAAGGGUUCCCAGCUACUAGAGGCCUUGGUGGCCGAGAAUACCUUGGAAGUGGUGCAUUUCUACAUGGAUGCAAUCAAGCGCAACGCAGAGGUCGCCGUCCGCGAACUGCUGAAGUCCAUUGGGCGCAAGAAUCCAGGCAAGCCUCUACGAUUUUCUGAUUUCAUGGAUGAUGGCACAGAAAUCAGGUUGGAAAUUCGCAUCGAUGCCGACACUGGAUCUGCCGACUUUGAUUUCACCGGUACAGGCCGUGAGACUUUCAACUGCCUCAACGCACCAAAAGCCAUUGCUCACUCGGCCAUCAUCUACAGCCUGCGAGCAUUAAUUGAUGUCGAUAUUCCUCUCAAUCAAGGAUGUCUCGCUCCUGUCAACGUUAUAAUUCCCUCUGGUACACUUCUCAAUCCGUCUGGCCAUGCCGCCGUCUGUGCAGGUAACCCAAUCACAUCGCAGCGCAUCACGGACGUUGUGCUGGGUGCUUUUAAUGCUUGCGCUGCCUCUCAGGGAUGCUGCAAUAUUAUCUCAUUUGGCAUGGGUGGUGUUGACCCCAAGACUGGUGUCGAGGUUCCUGGGUUUGGUGUUGGCGAGACGAUAUGUGGUGGUUCUGGUGCCGGUCCAUCUUGGAAUGGCACGUCCGGCGUCCAUGUCCAUAUGACAAACACGCGCAUCACGGAUGCAGAGGUCUAUGAGCUGCGCUAUCCUGUCAUACUGCGCCAGUUUGCGAUCCGUAGCGGAUCUGGUGGUGAGGGCCGCUUCCUUGGUGGAGACGGUGUGAUCCGUGAGCUCGAGUUCCGCAUGCCACUCUCGGUGUCUAUGCUCAGUGAGCGCCGGGUUUAUCGUCCCUAUGGACUGGCAGGAGGAAGUUCGGGUCAGGCAGGAUUGAAUUUAUAUUUGAAGAAAGAGUUGGACGGAACGGAUAGAUUGAUCAAUAUCGGUGGUAAGAUGGAGCUCGAGGUUCAACCAGGGGAGAGGAUUCUGAUCCAUACUCCUGGAGGUGGUGGAUGGGGCAAUAUAUCCGAUGAAGAGGUGGUAUCAAGCACAAGUAGGGGGCAUUCAUCUCACAAUUUCCAGCCCCGAGGAAGCGUCCACGCGUUCAGCGUUGCUGCCGAGGCAGCAAUGUGA